GGAAGGCGGGGGUGCGCUCCCCGCGCCACGCGGCUCGACCAAUGGGAGCGCGCGCAGCCGGGCCCGGUGGUCCCGGCCACCGGUGCUGAAAACCCCGAGCGCGGGCGGCAGGCUCCCGGCGCGCGCCACCAGACCUGCCCCGAGCACGCAAGGUCGGUGCGCUUCUGACCGCCCUUACCCAGCCGGCGCGAGGCAUCGCCAGGCCGCGAUGGCCCCCGAGACCCCGGCCCAGGGGCCGACCCUGCGCUACUUCACCUGGGACGAGGUGGCGCAGCGCUCUGGGCGCGACAAGGAGCGGUGGCUGGUGAUAGAGCGGAAGGUGUACAACAUCAGCGAGUUCACCCGCCGGCACCCUGGGGGCUCCCGGGUCAUCAGCCACUAUGCGGGGCAGGAUGCUACGGAUCCCUUUGUGGCAUUCCACAUCAACAAGGGCCUUGUGAGGAAGUACAUGAAUUCUCUCCUGAUUGGGGAAUUGUCUCCGGAGCAGCCCAGCUUCGAGCCCACUAAGAAUAAAGAGCUGACUGAUGAGUUCCGGGAGCUGCGGGCCACAGUGGAACGGAUGGGGCUCAUGAAAGCCAACCAUGUCUUCUUCCUGCUGUACCUACUACACAUCCUGCUGCUGGAUGUUGCGGCCUGGCUCACUCUCUGGGUCUUUGGGACAUCCUAUGUGCCCUUCCUCCUUUGCGCAGUGCUGCUAAGCACAGUUCAGGCCCAGGCCGGCUGGCUACAGCAUGACUUUGGGCACCUGUCUGUCUUCAGCACCUCCACAUGGAACCAUCUGCUGCAUCAUUUCGUGAUUGGCCACCUGAAGGGGGCUCCUGCCAGUUGGUGGAACCACUUGCACUUCCAGCACCAUGCCAAGCCCAACUGCUUCCGCAAAGACCCGGACAUCAACAUGCACCCCUUCUUCUUUGCCUUGGGGAAGAUCCUCUCCGUGGAGCUUGGGAAACAGAAGAAAAAGUACAUGCCAUACAACCACCAGCACAAAUACUUCUUCUUGAUUGGGCCCCCAGCCUUGCUGCCUCUCUACUUCCAGUGGUAUAUUUUCUAUUUUGUUAUCCAGCGGAAGAAGUGGGUGGACCUGGCCUGGAUGAUCACCUUCUACGUCCGCCUCUUCCUCACUUAUGUGCCGUUGUUGGGGGUGAAAGGCCUCCUGGGUCUUUUCUUCAUGGUCAGGUUCCUGGAAAGCAACUGGUUUGUGUGGGUGACACAGAUGAACCAUAUCCCCAUGCACAUCGAUCACGACCGGAACAUGGACUGGGUCUCCACCCAGCUCCAGGCAACAUGCAACGUCCACAAGUCCGCCUUCAAUGACUGGUUUAGCGGGCACCUCAACUUCCAGAUCGAGCACCACCUUUUCCCCACGAUGCCGCGACAUAAUUACCACAAAGUGGCUCCCCUGGUGCAGUCCCUGUGUGCCAAGCAUGGCAUAGAGUACCAGUCCAAGCCCUUGCUCUCGGCCUUUGCCGACAUUGUGCACUCACUGAAGGAGUCCGGGCAGCUCUGGCUUGAUGCCUAUCUGCACCAAUAACAACAGCCGUCCCCCCACCCCCCAUAUGGAGGAGGAGCCUCUGGAGCUGAAGUAGAGGGGAGCGUGAGGGAUGAUGCCACUACAGUUCUAUAUGCAGAGGGAGUGGGUUUGAGGAGAUAAAGGCUCUGGCUCAAACCCCUCCCCUUUAUCUUCUAGGCAGAUCAAUGGGAACACACAAGCCCCCUCCUCCCUCCCCCACCCCCCAGAAGGGAUGGUGCCGUUGGGGCAGGGAUGUAACUUCUGCUGUUUCCUUUUGCUCGUUUGUCAGAUGCAGAUGGUCAGCGAACAAAGAGGGAAUCAGGAAGGUGUUAGAAUAGGGAGGACCUACUAAGCCCAGAAAUCAGCAAGAUUUACCACUAAAAUUCCGCCCAGGAAAGGGGUGAGCUCAUCUCACCUGUCCACUCCAGUGCCUUCUCCGCCCUCGCCUGCAAGCCUCAGAGGUUCGCAGGCCGGAGGGAGAGGGAGCAGCUGAACCUUGUGAGCAAGAUGUAGAAAGGAAGCAUUAGCGCUGAGAAUUCCGAGACCUGACAAAACGCAGGGCCUGGGAGCUCAGCUCACUCUGGGCGGGGUGUGACAUGUCUGCCUCAGGCUUCCGGAGAAGCACUCUCUCCAUUUUUAGAAGCAGGCAGGGCAAAGGCCAGGAUGUGGUAUUGGAGACAUCUGGCCCUGAGGGAUGCUGCCCCGACUGAUUUUUGGUCUCAUGUGCCAUCCAGGGUACCAAGGUCCUAGGUCUUGCCAAAAUGGCUAGCAAAGAGAAUUGCUGGCCAUUAAAAAUCCCUUCAGCUUUUGAUUCAUCUCUUCUAACCAGCACUUGAGGAACAAAACACUCCUAGGACAGGGAGUCCACUUCUUGCUCUAUAUACAAGUGAGCAGAUGGGACGACUUAAUCUUCUCCUCCUAAGAAACAAAUGGGGCUCCUAAUGGUUUCUCUUUGCUUCCCUACCUAUAAGUCCAAGUUCAAUACAACGGCAGUGAGCGCAAGUGACCGAGCUAGGAGAUGCUGAGUCACCUCCCAGUCAUGAGGAAAACACAGGUUUCAGUCAUGAAGAAUAUAAAAGCUGUGAGAAAUUUUCUAUAACCUAAAUUGUUACAGCAUUACUUCUGAGCAGGAGCAGUGGUGUUAAAUGUCAUCACUUCAUAGUUCUAAACCAGAAAUAGGAAGAUAAAAACAGAAGUUUGUGAUCAACGUUGCUGUCAUUAGGCAUCUUAAUUAACUGUCAACUUCGUGCAAGUGUCUUUCUCUGCUGGAGACCAGGUAGGAAUUUAGAAUAAUCUCUGGAGCAUAUCAGUCUAAUACUGAAAUGCAAUUUUUUUUUUAAUCUCGUGGUUUUUAAAAGAUAAAAAGUUUAACCCAUCUCUACAGAGCAGACAUAGGAAUGUUAUGUGUCCCCCCCACCCCCUCCCCCGGUCUCACCUUAACUCCAGGGCUUGUCACCAGCAUUCACACUCUCUUCCCUUCCCACACCCACGGCCCCUCAGUCCAGGCGAGGGGACUGUUCGCCUGUUCAGCAGCAUCUACUCUAAGCAUAUUGAGCAUUUGGGACACUAGGAGGAGGGAACCUCAAACUAGAAGGACAAAGCCCAGCCCUGGGAGAGUUUGCCAUUGUCUUAAAACUAAAUGCAAUCAAGGAAAUGAAGCGCGUUGGGAUGAGACUAGGCGCCAUCCAUAGAAAGGCUGUCUUGAUUUCUUCGAAGUUUGUCAAAGCAAAGACAAAAAGAUUUAAAAAACAAACAUGGGGGAGAGCAGGUUGCAGAAGAGUUCAGAUCUUUCCCAUGUGGGCAGAAUCAUUUAAAACAGCCUGGGUAGAAAGCUGAGCGGCAGAACUGAAGAGUCCUAUUUUCAUUGGCUUCCUCACUCCAUAGGUGCUGACCUUCCCCAUCCCUGUUCCCUGCUACCUGAGGUUUGGGUGUGGUGUCACCAGCCUAUCCAGCCAUCUGGCUUUUGGCCUCAGGCAGCCUGAUCUGAGCAAACCAAGUGGAGCUUAUUGAGCCAAGUCCUGAUCCUCAAAGCACCUCAACCACUGUGGCCUUCUCUCCUUAACCGAGACCAGUGUGGCCUCAUGGCCAAAAAGGGACAUUCCAGUGACAAAAAGGUCCAGUUACAGUGAAAACAUGAGUGAUCUCAAAUCCAAUGACAGAUAAGAAAACGGGCUUAGAUAGGACAAGUCACCUCCAGUCACAGAUUGUGGCAGAACGUCUGAACUCCUAAAAACUCCAACUGUUUGUCUUGUUACUUUCAUCUUUCAACCACUUACUUAUCUGGAGCCAUUUUUGUAAGUAGGUCCAUUAUCAAUAUCCUUUUUGUAUGUGCCAAUUUUGUUACCACAUCCCAGUGAAGUAAAUCUGAAAAUAAAAUGAAUUUUGACCAAAUGAA